AUGCAACUUGGACAUUCUCGGCCGGCGGCCCAGUUCUCAACCGAGCUGCGAGAAAAAGUAACCAGAUCCAUUGCCAAGGCGUCGCAUGACUUCCGCUCCGAUGUUGUCACCGUACCAACUGAGGAUAUGCUGCAGGCGAUUCUCCAUGCUUCCGUUGGAGACGACGUGUAUGACAUUGAGGGAGACGCCUCCACCAAUGCUCUUGAGGCAAGAGUCCUAGAGUUGACGGGCAAGGAAGCCGCAUUGUGGGCUGUUUCAGGAACACAGGCAAAUCAACUUGGCCUCAGGACUCAUCUCAAUCAGCCACCGCAUUCCGUCCUCCUUGAUCACCGCGCCCACGUCCAUUGCUCCGAGGUCGGCGCCCUUCCCUUGCUGUCCCAGGCGUCCGUCACCAUGGUGGUGCCCCAUAACGGCCUGCACCUGACUCUUGAAGAUGUCAAGGGCAGAAUCAUACCGCAGGGAAACAUCCAUGCCACGCCUACCCGCGUAGUUUGCCUCGAAAAUACGUUAUCCGGAGUGAUUCUACCACUCAGAGAUGCCGAGGCUAUCUCGCAGUACGUUCGGUCACUACCAGUUCCGCAGGGGCAACAGGCUAUCGCCAUGCAUCUGGAUGGAGCUAGGCUCUUCGAUGCGGUUGUUGCAGAGGGUGUAGAUGUAAAAGCGUACGUCGCUUGCUUUGACAGCGUCUCCAUAUGCCUUUCAAAAGGACUGGGCGCUCCCAUUGGAAGUAUCCUGCUCGGAAGUAAAGAUUUUAUAUCACGGGCUCGAAUCUUUCGUAAGAUGUUUGGCGGUGGCACGCGGCAGCCAGGAAUGAUGACUGCCGCAGCUCACGCUGCACUCAACCACACGAUACCCAGACUGCCUCUGGUACAUUCCAUGGCGCGGGAAACGUUCCAACGGCUGCAAGCCAUUGGCUACACUGCAUCUCUCCCUGUACAGACUAAUAUGAUUUUGCUCGACCUACCCAAGGCCGGCAUCUCGCCCGAUGCUUUCAUCGGUUAUUGCAGGCAAGCUGGACUCCAAGUCACUUACAGUGGAAGGCUUGUGUUUCAUCAUCAGACAUCUACUGAGGCCACCAACAAGCUGGUCAACGCCCUACAGCGGUUGAUGGAGGACAAGAAUCGGGGGCGUAUUGAGGAUUGUGUGGCGGUUCCAUCGGCAGGACAUUGCUAG